UGGCACUGUCCCUAUGUCACAUGGCGCUGUCCCCGUGUCACACGGCGCUGUCCCCGUGUCACACGGCACUGUCCCCAUGUCACACGGCGCUGUCCCCAUGUCACAUGGCACUGUCCCCAUGUCACAUGGCGCUGUCCCCGUGUCACACGGCGCUGUCCCCAGGUGUUCCCCACGCUGCUGGGUGACAUGGACAGCGCUGGCAGCCUCAACGCUCAGGCCCUGCAGCUGCUGGCCCAGCGCCUCCGCGCCAAAGCCGUCUUCCAGACGCACCAGGCCAGGUUUGUCACGUGGCAGUUUGACGCCGAGUACCGCGGUGACGACUGCACGGCCACGCUGACCCUGGGCAACCCCGACCUGCUGGCCGGCUCCGUGAUCCUGGUGGCGCAUUUCCUGCAGAGCGUCACCGCCCGCCUGGUGCUGGGCGGAGAGCUCGUCUACCACCGGCGCCCCGGCGAGGAGGGGGCCAUCCUGACGCUGGCAGGGAAAUACUCGGCCCCCAACUGGGUGACGACGCUCAACGUGGGCUACGGGGGGGCUCACGCCAGCUACUACCACCGGGCCAACGAGCAGGUGCAGGUGGGGGUGGAGCUGGAGGCCAACACGCGGCUGCAGGAGACCACCUUCGCCUUUGGCUACCAGCUCAACCUGCCGCGAGCCAACGCCGUCUUCAGAGGGCUCCUGGACAGUAACUGGAGCGUUGGGGGGGUCCUGGAGAAGAAGUUGCCCCCCCUGCCCGUGACGCUGGCCCUGGGCGCCUUCCUCAACCACUGGAGGAACCGGUUCCACUGCGGCUUCAGCGUCACCGUGGGCUGAGGGGACAGCGGGGACAGCGGGGACAGAGGGGACAGCGGGGACAGCAGGGACAGAGGGGACAGCAGGGACAGCAGGGACAGAGGGACAGCAGGGGACAGCGGGGACAGCGGGGACAGCGGGGAUGUGGCACCGUCCUGCUCAGGAGCCACCGGGCCGGGCCCUGCAGGUGCCACAGCGGGGACACGGCGGGCAGGGGUCAGCAAGGGACAGCGCUGAGGGGACAGGGGGGGACCGCGGGGGGGAUGGGGGUCCCCAGUGUCACCAGUGCCAGCUGCUGGGGGUCCCCAUUGUCACCGGUGCCAGCUGCUGGGGGUCCCCAGUGUCACCGGUGCCAGCUGCUGGGGGUCCCCAUUGUCCCCAGUGCCACCCCCCGGGGUGAUUGUCCCCGGCACCACAGCAGCCGUGCCUCAGUUUCCCCCGCAGCCACACACACCGGAGAGAGCCCGGAUAAAUAAAGGAGCUUUACUCUGU